GAUUGGUAUACAGGAAUUUUAAUUUUCUCGCGAUACAGGAGAUGAGAGUGUACUCCCUUCCCAGACCUUUACCAUCGUUUUAGGCUAUGUUUUGGACACUGAUUCUCUCUCACAUUAAUCGAUUUGUUCGCACAUUACAGCUGCUAAAGAUCUGCGGCAAAUCACUCGGCCAGAACCCUUCGGUUUCGUUUUCAGCUGCGAAACCCAUGUAAAUACUAUUCGAGAAAACAAGAGAAAUUUUGAAAAUCUUUGCAAGAAAUGGCAAGCCCAGAAACCCUAGCAGAGGGUUGUCCUGCUUCUGAACCAGCUAAAGCUCAAACCCUAGAAGAUGGCACCGUCGAAGAAGCAUCUAGGGUUUCUUGUCCGUCAGGUUCGACCCACGGCGAGACCGGGUUAGAGUUGCCUUCGGAAGUUUCCGUUGCAGGGACUCAAGAAAAUGGAAUCGGGGUUUCUGUUAGCAAGAACGAAGGCGAAGGCGUGGAUGGUCACGAUGUUGAGGUAACAGCAACUCGAGCGGUUGAAACGGAGAAGAUUUUCGAGAACGGAACGGAUGGCGACACGGUUGUGAAGGAUGAAACCCAGAUGUUGUCGGGGUCCUCGGAGAUGCUAGAGAAUGGGAAACAAGUAGGACCAACUUACGAGAAUGGAGAGAAAAAUGAGGGAGAUGUUUCUUGUCCGGAAGUAGUUCCGACAGUUAAAGAAGAUGAGAAGAUAUUGACGGAGGAUGGAUUGAAAGAUGGUGGGUCGUUACCGCUGAUCGGAGGAGAUUCUGACAAGAAGAUUGAAGUUUCUGGAGAAGGUAUCUCACUAGUAGUGGAAGUUCACGGUUCUGCUGCUGCUGUAGUUCAAGAUAAUGCUUCAGUGAUCAAGGAGCAGCCUCUUUCGGGGUGUGAAGUGAAAGAGACAAGCAAUGGGGAUCAAAAAAGCGAGUUUAAGGAAAAUGGAGGUUUGCUUCCUGACAGUAGUGUAAACUCUGGUGUUAAACUUUCAGAAGUGAGCGUUUCCAUGCCUGUGAUUACCAAAAAUUGUGUCAUAACAGAAAAGGAGGAAGUAAAAGAAGCAGUGGAUGAAGAAGGCCAAAUGGAGGAAGGAACCUAUAGUCAAGAACAUGAUUUCUCGGUGGGUGACUUCGUAUGGGGCAAAAUUAAAAGUCAUCCUUGGUGGCCUGGACAGAUCUACGAUCCUUCAGAUGCAUCUAAUUAUGCUGCGAAGUACCAUCGAGGAGACCGCCUACUGGUGGCAUAUUUUGGGGAUGGCACAUUUGCUUGGUGUCAUCCAUCCCAGUUAAAGCCUUUUCAGGAGGGCUUUGAACAGAUGUCUAAGCAAAGCAAUUCUAAAAGCUUCCUUGGUGCUGUAGAGGAGGCUGUUGAAGAGAUUGGCAGAUGUGUAGAGUUGGAUAUGAUUUGUUCUUGUGUACCGGAGGCAUCUCAAGUUGGACUUACUAGGCCAUUAGUUGUGAAUGCUGGAAUCAAGGAAGGAGUGGUUGUCCCUGAAGGUAGGAUUGGCGAACUCUAUGUCACCCACUUUGAACCCACGCAGUUUCUCGAGUGUCUCAAAUGUAUUGCUCAGGAUAUUUCAUUGACCAAUAUCCUUGAACUCAAAGUGCUUAACUGUCGUUUGUCGGCAUUCUGUCGUACAAAGGGAUACAGGCAAAUGCCUAUCUUCCAUGAACCCAAGGAAAUUUCAAACCCUGAUGAUUGUGCAGGAAAUGGGAUAAAAUACAAGAGGGAUAUCAAUGGUCAGGCAGGACCCCAGACCACUGGUCCAGCUGAAGAAGACUGGCCUUCUUCACCAAUGGGUGGAAAAACCUGUCAAACAUCAUCCCAUAAAUGGCCAGGGAUUUCAGAGGAAAAGUUGAACCAGAGAAAGAAGCAGAGAAGUAUGGCUGAACUUCUGGGAGGGGAGAAGAAUGUUGAGUCUGAGAACUGUGAGGAUGAUGUCACUGAAGGAACACUAUCAGGCAAGUCGACCUCAACAUCCCAAAGAGGCAAGAGGAAGAAAAAAUUGGAAAAUGAGCUAGCUGAGGAAGGCCAGGGCAAUACAAAGUCUGCUCCUUCUUCUAAGAAAUUGAAGGCAGCCAGGUUUUCACCAUCUCCUGCAAUGUCAGAGAAGGGUGAUUCUGCAGAGAAUGAUCGAGGGGUUGAAAGAGCUCAGAAAGGCUCUUCAUCAAGGUUAAGGAAGAAGAGCAAGUACCUGUCUCCUCCCUACACCAACCUAAGUACAGGGAAUAAAAGCUUUCUCUCUUCAACGGGUUCUGAAACUGAAACCCCAGAAGCUACAAAGGUUUCUCGCACAGGGCAGUUUAUCAGCAAGGAUAUUGACCAACUUACUGGAACACCUCCAAUUGUGAGAUGCAGCUACGAGACAUUUCAAAAGAAACAUUCCAAGGAAUGUAAUGCCAGGAGUACACCUGGUACCUUCAGUCCUCGAACCCCAAAGAAGCAGCAAGUUAAUCUUAUUUUCAAGGAAAGCAAUGCUUCUUCAGUUGAUAUGCUGUUGGAACUCCGCACUGUAGCUCUUGAUGUUUGUUAUCUGAAAAGAAAUCAAUCUUCUGAUGCAAUCAAAGGUUUCUUUUUGAUAUUUAGAAGCUCACUGUAUCGUGAUGGAUCAAAUUACGGGAAAUACAACGACCAAGUAGCUCUUCGAGGCAGUCAAAAGAGAAAGUCCUCGGAGUUUAAUUCCCAGGUAACUGACCCCCCACCAACCGAACAUAAAGCAAAGCGCAAGAAAAUAACAAAGGAAGAAGCAAGCUCGGGGAAGUCAAACAGCAAGGUAGAACACACUGCUGGCACAUCAGAUUUGAAGGUGAACCAUGGCAAAGAGGGAAGUGAUAGAGAAGCUUCAUCAGCAAUAGCUUUGCUAUUGACAUUUGCCCCAGGUUUCUCUUUGCCAUCAAAAGAUGAUCUGAUCACAAUGUUCAGUAGGUUUGGGGCCCUCAAUGAAUCGGAAACAGAGGUAUUGAGGGAUUCCAGUUGUGCCCGGGUUGUCUUCUUAAAGAGCACUGAUGCAAAAGAAGCGUUCAGCAGCUCAGAAAAGGCCAGCCCUUUUGGAAAUGCUGUUGUCAAUUACCGGCUUCGGCAUCUUUCUGGGGCUUCAGAACAUGAUGGGAGCUCAAGCCAGUAUCAGCUCCUUCCUCUGACCACAUCAGGAAGUGAAACUAAAACGGUGGCAUCUGGUUCAAGGCCAUCAUCCCUUGGUGAGGGGACACCUCUUCAAUUUAUAAAACAAAAUCUUGAGUUGAUGACGUCGGUGCUGGAGAAAUCAGGAGAGAAGCUGUCGCCAGAGGUGAAAUCCAAUUUAGAAGGUGAGAUUAAAGGCCUCCUGAACAAGUUAAACUCAAUGUCCGGGUCUUCCUCUUCUUAGCUCACAUGGUUUUUUCACCUCUUUUUUUAAAUGUUUUAUAUCCGCCCUAUUAUCUAUCCAUCCCCCUUCUAUCUUUUGGCAGUAGCUGCUGUUGUGUGAGAUGUAGGAUCCAUGUCUUUUCUUUUAUACUGUAACUGUAACGUAGGCAUAGGAAGUAAUCAUUUGGUUCACCGGGAUUUCCUACGAAUUUAUUAUGUUCUAUAUUAUCCCUUGACCA